AUGAGCUCUAGCGGGGGAGAUGCGAAGCUAUUCGCAAGAGGCAAGGUCGCGGAGCUCCGCCAGGAGCUCAACAGUGGCGGCAAGAAGGAUCGAAACCACUCUGCGAAGAAAAUAACGCUAAAGAAAAUCGUCGCCAAUAUGACAAUGAGCAAUAACGAUAUGAUCGCGCUGUUCCCUGACGUCAUUGGUUGCAUGAAUAUUCCAAGCUUGGAGAUUAAGAAAAUGUGCUUUUUGUUCCUCGUCAACUACGCCAGGUUGAAGCCAGAAGUCGCUCUAAAGGCUCUGCCAAUACUGAUAAAUGAUAUGGACGAUUCUAACCCCCUGGUACGGGCGCUUGCCUUGCGAACGAUAUCCUGCAUACAUGUUCGUGAAUUUGUGGAGGCGACGAUCCAGCCGCUUAAACAACUAUUGGCAGAUGACGAUCCCUAUGUCAGAAAGACUGCUGCAUUUUGUGUCGCGAAGCUUUAUGAUCACGACCGAAAGCUUGUGGAAAGGUCCGAUUUGAUCCUCCAACUGAACGACAUGCUCAAGGAUGACAACCCAACUGUUGUGUCAAGUGCUCUUGCGGCACUGACGGAUCUUUGGGAAAGGAGCAAUUCUAUUACUCUUACGAUUGAUUAUAAAAGCGCAUCCAAAAUAAUCUCCAUUCUACCGGACUGCUCCGAAUGGGGCCAAACGUAUGUACUCGAAGCAUUAAUGUCUUACGUGCCACAGGAAUGCUCAGAGGCACUUCUCUUAGCCGAAAGAAUUGCACCUCGGCUUUCGCAUUCUAAUUCAGCUGUUGUCUUGACUUCUAUCCGAGUUAUUCUUUACCUGAUGAACUAUAUUUCCGAUCAAAAGCAAAUCACCUACUUGUCGCGGAAGCUUUCUCCUCCCCUAGUUACCCUUUUAUCUAAAGGCCCAGAGGUGCAGUACCUCGCACUCCGCAAUGCGAUAUUGAUAUUACAGAGGCGCCCAGAAGUGUUGCGAAACGAUAUCCGCGUGUUUUUCUGCAAAUACAAUGACCCAAUUUAUGUUAAAGUGACAAAAUUGGAGUUGAUCUUCAUGUUAGCGACGGAGGACAAUAUUUCAGUCGUUCUGACCGAACUAAGGGAAUAUGCUACAGAAAUUGAUGUCCAUUUCGUGCGCAAAGCUGUGCGUGCGAUUGGUAAAUUAGCCAUCAAAAUUGAAUCUGCUGCAAGGAGUUGUAUCGAGACUCUCAUCGACUUAGUGAAUGCUAAAAUUCCCUAUAUCGUUCAAGAAGCCACAGUUGUUAUUCGAAAUAUAUUCCGAAAAUACCCCAACCAGUAUGAGGGCAUUAUCGGCACGGUUAUUCAGAAUAUCGACGAGUUGGACGAGCCCGAAGCGAAAGCAGCAGUUAUUUGGAUAAUUGGCCAGUAUGCUGAUCGUAUCGAAAAUUCAGAAGGUUUUCUCCAGGAUUAUUUGGCUACCUUCCAUGAUGAGACCGUCGAAGUCCAACUUGCCCUUCUCACAGCUACCGUCAAACUCUUUAUCCAGCGCCCAACAAAAGGCCAACAACUUGUCCCUCAGGUUCUCAAAUGGUGCACAGAGGAAACCGAUGACCCGGACCUCCGUGAUCGUGGUUACAUGUACUGGCGACUACUCUCUACAGACCCCAAUGCCGCAAGAUCCAUCGUAAUGGGCGAAAAACCCCCCAUAACUGCCGAAAGCGAGAAGCUUGACCCCGCAAUCCUCGAAGAAUUAUGUCUCAACGUCGGAACCCUCGCAACCGUCUAUCUAAAACCCGUUCAGCAGGUCUUUCGCAGCGCACGUGCUAAACGCCUAGCCCCAAGCCCGGCCUUGCAGCAACAACAACAACAACAACCACUAGGCCAGACCAGAGAUCUUUCUUCGUCGUUCAUAUCGGGAUCGAAUGUUACGCCCAACGCUGUCGCGCCCGCCGCUCCUGGUUCAGGCAACCUCUCUGCCGCUGUGAGUGCCGCGGAUGAUUACUUCGCUAGUGUUGGUCCGCAACAAGUGGAGGCAAUGAACAUUAACAAUGGGUUUGAAGGUGGUGGUGCGCCGCAGACCCAUUAUAUGGUUAAUCAGAACCAGCACCAGGCAUAUCAAUCAGGGGCUACUGGGGGGCAAGCGACGGGAGAGCUACUUCACAUUUGA